AUGCCCGCUGCGAUCCAAAACCACUUCGCGCCCCGAGACGAAAUUGUGAAUAAGCUUUAUAACUUGUUCAAACUCCUUCAAGCGCUGUGGAAUAAACGACCAGCAGCCAAGUCUUCACGGAAGCCUCCAACCGAGUCUCAAGUUCAUGAGCCACCUCGUGGUAGGUUUGACCAUUUUGGCCCAUCAGUCGUGCCCGAUGCUGAUGUACAGAUCAUCGCCCAUGAUAACCCUGGUCAGCCAGUUCCGAUUAGACUUAGCGACCUUCUGCCCGAUGCAAAUGAUCCCACGAACAGAAGUCAGGAUGGAGACUGGGUCAAUGCGUCUGCCAUUCGCCUCGAUGCUUUGAGACAGACUCUUAUCAACGAAGGUUACAUGGUGGAGGGCGCAACGCUCUGGUGGAGUCCUCACGCUCUCGAUACUAUUGACCCUGCACAGCUUGGCACUCCUCAAGAUGGCGAAACCCGCCUGACGUCGAUGAAUUUAGCAUCAACGGUUAGACGAGCGAUGGGGAUGUAUUAUCCGUCUCAUCAACAACCAUGUCCCGAGAAUCAAGACGGGACUACCCAAUCACCGCUUCGGCGACCCAAUUUUACCAUCAUCACCCGGCCUCGCACAGUUACUGGAGGUGCCUUAGUUCCGCAACAACCAGAACUGGUACGUCCUGAUUUUAUUCCGCGAGGAUCUGUCACUACUGAUCCUGCCACUUCUAGAAACCCUCUAGGAGCCCAAAUCCAACCACCGAGCGUUCGACCGACGAUUGAUGAAGCACCCGCCCCUCAGCGACAUGCUCGACAGCAACCUGUGCAAGCUUCGGCCACCACGGAAACCCCAUCUCCGCAAGCUCCUCCUACCCCAACGCCAGCUCCACCAAGACAACCCAGAGUGGCCUCGGUAGAUGAUGGGCCGUUUGAUUUUACUGUUCCGCAAUCUGCUAUCGAUGCUUUGAACGCCCCAGGGCCAGGCUCUGGGUUGUUUGAAUACCAAGGCUUGAGUAUAGUUCCUAGACGAAACUCUUCCCCAGAAGCAACCCAGCUUGCUAGGCAGUCGACCGCUCAGCCAAUCACUCAAUCAGCAGAAAAUACUGGUGAAAAACGUCGUAGAGCUCCCGACGAGGAGCCUCUUACCCGUCCCGCUCAAAGACGCAGACACUCUAAUGAAGCCACUGCGCAACGUGAUCCAUCAAAUGAUGCCACCACUAUAAGCAUGACUUUCGAUGCAUCUGCAUUGCCAGCUACUGAAGGCUUGGGAGAAACACAACGACUCGGUCGAGCUCUCAGCGUGCCUCAACAACCUAGUGCAGCCCGAUCGCCUCCCCGUCCCCUUGCGACUGGAGCUCCUAGGCUGCGAGAUCAAGCGUUUGGCACGCGAAGACGGCAGAUCGGGAGUCACAGAAUUCCCCGAGAUGCGAGAAAUAUCCCGCGGUCAUCCUCGGUUGGCGGAUUGCAGGUGGAAGCCCUCCAACAGCCUUCAAUGGUACCUGCAUUCAUUCCGCCUAUCGCAGAGGUCACCAGUCGGGUAAUACCUAGUACGGGUACAGAUAUAUUCGAACAGGUGGGUGAGUCAUGGCUAGGUAUCAGGGAGAACCGCAUGCCCCCAAUGGUCCAAGAAGCCAUCGCCAGUCGCCGCUUCACGGCCGAAAUUGAUCAAGGGACUGAACGAUUGACUUUGACUGGAGAUCCUGAGCAGCCUUCAGGGCCCGUCUCUGCUCCUCUCCCCCAAACGACACCCCCCGAGCCUACCAGGCCUGUUCCUAUUCCUCGGACUUCCGAUGAUGAGAUCCGUGCGUCCCGUAAACGCCGUCGCCGUUUCACCGAGUACCGUAGACGCCCUACCGACUCAUCUUCGAGUAACAGUCAGGACUCUCCUCGCAAGAAGCGGCGUAUCAAUACGAGCUCGUCGCCGGAUAAACAAAGUCCGCCAUCUCCAAAAGUAGCCAAGCGAGGAGUCAAACGAGGAGCCAAACGAGCUCCUACCGAGCAAGAACGGCUUUUGGCCGGCCAGGUCCGAGACGUGUCAGAAGGGGUGAGGCGUCUCUCCACUCAGUCAUCACGAUCUGCUCAACCUAGAAAGCAUCGUUCUAGUUGUGUCACGACAUGA